AUGAUGCAACUGGUGACCAGCCCACCGCCGCCGCCAUCAUCACCCCAUGGCGGAACGGCAGCACCCCCUUCCACCACAUCCACGCCUGCGUCCUCCGCGGUCGCCUCGCCGGCGAUGAUCCGCUCCCAGCGGCCCGCACCUUUGCUGCUGGCAUCAACGUCUGCGCAGUCUGUUGGCGCUCCGUGGUCGCCCCCGCCAACCAACUCCCCAAUGAGCCCGCCCACACACAGUGUACAGACAGGCGCUAGCACUUUUGCCACUUCCUCCUUCUUUGGCGGGCCGCCGCCGUCCACGGCCCACGCGUCGUCCGCCUUCAGCCACGGCCACAGCAGCAACGGAAGCCCGCGCGGCCGCCGCGGCAGCCGUGGCAUGGACGCGCGCAUGGCCAUGGUGGGGCAGUCGAGCUUCCGCACGCAUCAGCAGUCGCCAACCAUUGGCCUGGCCUCCCCGUCGACAUCGCCCUUCUCCCCUGCAACCACCAUGCCGAUUGUGCGCUUCCCGCACUCGACAUUGGGGCCCAUGGCCUCUGGCGGUGGCAGCACGCGGCCUGGGCCCGUGUCCCCGGGCUCGGUCUCCCUCAUCGCCGUGCCCUCUCUCACACAGUCGACUCGCACCAGCUUCCAACCGGUGCAGGACCCACGUGGCCCGUCGCGCACCCAGGCUGCCGGGACCACCCCGCCCAAGCGACACGGCAGCAGCCAGCGCAGAGACCAACGCCAGCACCACCGCAGCGCAUCCUGGUGCGGCGGGGACGAGGAGGAUUCCUUUGCAAAGACUCCCUUCCGCUUCACCCCGACGCGUGACUGCUCCAUCUCGCCCCGCUCAACCCCGAGCCCCAGCAGCAUUGAUCCAUACAUGCGCGGCCUCUCGCCCCGCCAGCCGUCGGCGUCCCCAAGCAGAGGCGUAUCCCGGACAGCAAGAGCAAGCCCACGCGCACCAACACCACCACGAUUCAGGGGCGACCGCUGCGAUCGCCUGCGCAACGAAGUUCGCGAGAUGCUGUUGCAGAGUGAGCUCGACAACCUGACUGCAGAACACGUCAGGACACUCAUGAUGGAUGACGGAACCGUGGUGCCGAUUGAAGCGCCAGUCAAGGACGCGGCUGCCGAUGCCGAGAAGCGCGCAGACGGCUGCUUUCCCGGUGAUGCAAAGGUCCUAGCCAAGCGCCAAACCCCGCGCACCCCAGCCGUGUUCUCCCCCGUUAGCUGUGCAAACACAGCAUAG